CCGACACCGCAUUUGACGACUUAACACCAGUUUAUCGGCAAGGUGCCGAUCUCUGUAAUCACGAUCAUUCGCCACCCUCAUUCCAUCGUGGCGGCGUUGGGCGUUCGUCUCGAAUAUUAUUAUUUAUUUCCUUGGAUCUCCAUCAUAACAACGGCUUACGUGCCAGCGUAACCUGAGUGACUUCAGACACAUAUCGAUAUAGCCGCAUCCAAUUGUCUCUUUGUUUCUCAAUAUAAAAAAUGCCUCCCAAAUCCAGGAGACCUGAUCUGCCCACGCUUUCUUUUUCUGCUAUGCAGUCGGCCAUGUCUGAAGAUGUCCAUACACCGCUUCCGGGUACCCCCAUUCCACUAGAACAGGAUCCGUUGAUGAUGACGCCUGGUAUACCUGCAGUCGAGCUUGCGGCCAACCUUGCUAAAACAAAGCGAUCUUUGGAUGAUGAUGCCAGCGGCUCGACUGAGAGUCUUGAUUUUGAGCACGAAAAGUGGACAGAUGAUGAGGAUGGUUUGCUGCAAGGCUUCCUCUUACGUCCUCCACGUCGACUCAAUAUUGCAUAUCCGCCCUCAGCCCUUCCUCCUCCUGCGGCCCUUGAUGAAAUCACCUCGCAGGUUAUUGAAUCGCAAUCUCGUAAAGACCCCUCAUCUUCAUCUCGUUCACCGAAAUCAUUCUGGCAUCAUACAUGGAGAUCUACCCGACAGCGCUUGUUUCUUAUAGCUCGGCGAGAGAGCAUGUCUGCGAUAGGUGGCCACCGUCGGCAAAAAUCAGACUCGGUCAUUCCAGCCGUGAAGAGGCAAGAAAAUAUCAAGUUGAAAGAGGGCAAAGAAAGCCUGAUCGCACUGAAGGGUGGGAGGGUCGGUAGGCAUCAGAACGAUAGCAUGGACAGUCUGUUUGGUAAUGAACAGCCUGGAAAGCUGUCUGAGGCACUAAGACUGUCAAACUGUUUGCAAAGCAAUGCAGCAAGAGAUGAGGAGCCAUCGGCGUCUUCUGCAUCGUCCAUUGCUUUCAGCUCACCCUUCUCAAAUAAUACUUUACAACGGUCGUUGUCUCCAUUUGCGUCUGCAGAUCCACCUGCACGGCCCGCGUCACUACUUCAACGAGGACGAUCGUUCACUUUUGCCGAAUUCGAGCAUGAGCAAGCUGUAGGAAACGCAGCUCAAGACCCUCUUAAGUUCGAUAACGAAGAUGCUGCAUCCUCAUCGUCCCGAAUGUCACGCCCAGACUUGUAUCAUUCACUAUCAAGUCCGGUAGCGGCCAUGCUGUCGUCUCCUUCAAUGUCCGUUUCAAGCAGAAUGUCGGAUUGCGACACAUCAACGGUGAAUGUGCAGUGGUUCGGCCCAGCGUUGGGUCUGGAUACAUCUUCGGGAUCAAAUUGUAGCACUCCCACUGGUCCUGCCUUUUCUAUCCCAGCCCUUCCCAUUUCAUGUACUUCCAAUUUACCAACAACGGAUGUCUCCCCGAACGCCUUUGCAUCCUUGUCCAUAUCGUCUCUUGAAGAUUCUAGUACCCCCGUUCUCGGCGUGCAAUCAUCAUCCUCUGACUCCUCCCCUCUGAAACACCCAUCCUAUAUUCGCCGAUCAGCACUUCAUCGUUCUUUUUCUGAUGGAACUUUCUUGCCGAAAUUUGACAAAUUUGGCUCUCUUUCUUCCACUAGAGAGAAUAAGAGACAAAGAGCCGAAUUACCGAGUUCUGCUCUGGAGUCUGUCGCCAAAGGCAGUAGCGGAGGAAAGGCCGUGGGUGCUGGACCUCAAAGGAGAGGUGGGUUGAAAGAUGUCAUAAUGAGGAGUUCUCCGGAUGAGCAACAUGUGUUUGGACAAGUGCUCGAAGGUUUGCAACCGCCAUUUGAGACCAAACGUUUAUAAUAACGGUUAGUUCCGGAUUGCCUGUCUUUGAUUCGAUUUAUAUAGCUACAUCCGGCAUGUCUGUAUAUUAUAGGGUAGCCUGGUAGCUCACAUACAUAUAGUCCUAGCCAUUUGCUUGUUGUGCUUUUGUUGUCAUUUUUAUAUCACCGUCGCGGUACUUGUUGAAUUGUUGUCUUGCUAUCUAUUCACCUUCCGCCCCAAGGCCAGUGCCUCGUCGU